CGUCAAUCUCGGAACACCGGAAGUGUUUAUGCUGUACUUGGAUCGCAGAGAAAACUAGAAAAUAAUGCUAAUAGCACUAGCAAUUUAAUGUUUUCAAGAUCACGACCCAUCAUCAAGAAUUUUUCUGGGUUUUUGGCGAAGCCCACUGAAGUUUCGUCAUGGAGGUACCUUGCUACCUGCCCAAACUUCUAUUUGAACUCAACGAGCAGCGCAAGCGAGGCUACUUCUGUGACUGCAGCAUCCUGGUCGAGGGCCGUGUAUUCAAAGCCCACCGCAAUGUCCUGUUCGCAGGAAGUGGCUACUUUCGGGCUCUUUUGGUUCACUAUUUACAGGAUAAUGGACAGCGCCAAAGCACAGCAUCAUUAGACAUAGUUACAGCGGAUGCCUUCUCCAUCAUCCUAGAUUUCCUCUACUCCGGCCGGUUAGCCUUGAGCAGCAGCAGUGUCAUCGAAGUGAUGUCAGCGGCCAGCUACUUGCAAAUGACCGACCUGGUGAAUCUUUGCAAAAAAUACAUUAGCUCCUCUUUGGAAAUAUGCAAUAAAGACAAGGAAGGCAUAACCGAGGAGGAAAAUCCAGGACAGGAAGGACGAUACAGACCUGCGGACAGCGGCACUCCUGCUGCAUCCAAGUCGAGUAGCGUCGGGGCCACGGAGCCUCGUUCACGGGUUACGGAAGCAGACGCAGCAUCUAUAAAGCCAGAUGCGAGCCCUUUGUACAUGCCUGGCAACAGCCCACCAGGCCCAAGUCGAGAACCGGACUCCGACUACCGUUCUGUUAGUGAAAAACCAAAGGCUCACACGGAUCAGACUAACCUCUCCUCAACGCUGUGCUCCACUUUGACUCACGAGUUAGUGAACCCCAAGAUAGAAUAUGACCCCGAUGAGGAGCUUUUGGAAUCCCCUGACAAUAAAGACCUGGCAUCAUCAUAUCCCGGACCUUCAGUCCCUCAUCACAGCAGAUCAAUCCCGCCAAGUUUUUCCAUGGAGCGCUCCUCUGUGGGUUACAGCUCUUCCUUUAGUGCCAGGCAGCUGAUGGAGAUGCUGGCCAGGGGUGAAGGUCCCAACCCUCUGGUGGACCGAGCGGCCCAGCGCAUGACUCACAGACCGCCGGGUAGCAUUUUAGGAGUGAGUCGAAUUGAGGACAGCUUGGGUUUUGUGGGAUCAUCUGUGAUGGAAAUUCAGUCGGAUUGGAUUGGAGAGGAUACAGGUGACAGCUUACUGGUUCCAGUCAAACUGCAUAAGUGUCCCUUCUGCCCGUACACGGCCAAGCAGAAGGGAAUUAUGAAGCGGCACCUUCGCUGUCACACAGGAGAGAGGCCCUUCCCCUGUCCGAUGUGUGGCAAGAGGUUCACGAGGCAGGAACAUCUUCGCACCCACGCCCUGAGCGUUCAUCGUCAUGACUUGCCCAUGUCAUGCAAGAGCUGCAGGAGAAUCUUCUCCGGGUCCAGCGUAUCUCCAGGCUUCCGACGCUACGGCAUCUGCGACAGCUGCAACUGCGUGACCACCACUCACGCCGACUCCACCCCGCUACACCCUGCCAGCCAAGUGGAGCCCACGGAGCGUGAAGAGGGCGGCGCCGAUUGGGCCAGUUUCAUGGACGAGGUGGACGAGGUGGAGGUCGGUCGAGUGGAAGACUUGGUGGAGAAACAGAUGCUGGAAAGGCAGCUGGCCGCUUGCAAUGACGUAGGUCAUACUCUGUGAAUCUUUAGAAUUCCUCCCUGAUCGUCAUGAAGUGUAUUUGUAGAAUAUUCUUUUUGUUUUUUUGUUUUUUGUUUUUUUACAAAUACCUCUUUGACUCAUGGAGACCUCACCUUGAUUUAGGUUAGUUUAAGCGGGGAACACACAUUUAGUGAACAAUUUAAGCAAUUGUUAAAAUCAUGAAAAAAAAAUGGCAAUGAAGUGAGCGGCUGAUGAUACUUGUCACACCACAAGAUCAAUCUUUCAGAGGGCACCGACAAUCAUGCUUUUGCUGACUUGGAUCGAAAAAAUUAAAAUACUGAAAUCAGGGCCAGUUAUUGGUGUUGCCGUGCCUUGCUCUUGGUCCAUAGAUACUUUAUCGAUUAAAUUUUGUGAGUGUUUUCAGGCCAUCGUUACCCCCCCUUGUAUGUCCUGCGUGUGCUUUUUUUUUAUAUUGAAAAUGCAAACAAGUGAAGCCUGGUGCAUGGCUCAAACUUGUCCAAUGAGAAGCAGAGCGCUGCUCUCUAGUGGUGACUUCACACACUUGCCAAUUCACUUUUGGAAGGCACUGAUGACAAAUGGAAGUGAGUGCUUUCUUUUCUUUUUCGAGGACAAUAUUGAAUUUCUUUCUUCAAAAAAGAAGUAACAUUUGAUGUAUUCUUAUGUAGGUUCUUAUGGUAGUACAAUCACUAAAUGGCAAUGGUGGAAAGUAGUCAAAUACAAAGUCAAUUUUUCAAGUAUUUGUACUUCACUUGAGUGUUUACUUUUCUGACGACGUUUUACCUUUUACUCCUGGCAUUGGAAAACGUUUAUGUGUACUUUCUAUUCAUUACUUUUUGAAGCCUCCAUUCAAACAAAGAUGUAAAUUGAGGUUAAGUCAACUGCGAUGGAGAUCUUGGUGGACUGAGAUCUGAACAGACAGCAGCGACGUGGAGAAACAUGACCCGGUGUGAAUGAACAAGGAUAGUAACAGAUUCACAGAAGGUCGAUCCUCCACAUCCACGGUUUUAUUCAAAAGAUUUGUUUGCUGUUGCUGACUCCAACAAUGACGGCGAUGAAUGCGUUGCCUCAUGGUCGCCAAAAACCCCUAGCUUUAACGAAUUCAAAAUGUGUCCGUCCACUCUGGGGGAGGGGACAUCACACAAGUAAGAUGCGUUUUUUUCAGUUAUCACAAGCUGUUAUUUUUUUAAUUACUCGUUAUUUCAUGGGAACACUUGUUUAUAUGGCAUAAAAGUCAAGUUGGUUGUUUUUUCCCUUGUCAGUAUGAACACAAAAUAAGUUAAUAAAAGAGGAGAACUUUU